UUUGGGGAAUCACAUUUGCUCGUGCAAAAGGAAGUGAGGUGUUAUGGAUGACGGGCAACGCUAUGAUCCUGUCUUUAGUAAAUUCCUUGCAAAAGCUGCUCUUGGUGUGAAUGAUCAUGAAGGUGAUCAUGAAAGUGCAGAUCUAGAGUGUGUGGUGACAUGUGAAGAGGUGAUCCACAAGCAAGGCUGGCUGUUACAUGGAUGCAUGAGCAAAGAAGAAUGCCAACGACUCAUUGCUGUGUGUGAAGAGGUCGGGUUUCAGCAAGCCAAGGAUUACUGCUUUCAAUAUCGCGAUCGUUUCAAUGAUCGUAUGAUGAGUGACGAUGAGCAGUUGGCCGACUUCUUGUGGAGAAGGGUGCAGGCUUAUGUACCUCAAUAUGAAACCGACAGCAAUGGCCAUCAGUGGAGAGUGAAAGGACUGAAUAGACGUUUCAGGAUUUGUCGAUAUUUUAGUGGACAUUACUUUGGUGCUCAUAUUGAUGGAGAGUUUUAUGCAUCCGACAGAGAGAAGAGCUUCUAUACAUGCAUGUUGUAUUUGAAUGACAAGGGACACGACUUCCAGGGUGGUGCGACACGAUUUCUCGACAUCAACGCAAGAAAGAAAGCAAAGUUUGACGUUGAGCCGAAAGCUGGACUUUGCAUUGUUUUCUACCAGAAGUCACGUGAUACGUAUCAUGAAGGAUUGCAACUGACUGAAGGAACAAAAUACAUUCUGAGAACUGACGUCAUGUAUACAAUGGAACUCUAACAAUUUAGAAAUAUAAUUAGUGAAAUUAGUUAUCUUUCUGUUUGUGCUUUCUGAGCAAUUGUUCGAGUUCUUGUUGUGAUUUUGUGCCUCCUUUCUUUCUGAUUGCUGCAAGAAGUUUUGUUGGAUCUUUG